GUGUCGACAUAUCACCCACUUUCUCUCACUGACAAUGGCUGCUAUUAGGCGCCAAAAGACAGACUCGAACAGAAGGCACCUCAAGAUGAUUCAUCGCUCAGUGACAAGUCAUUUUUGGAAGCUGAUGCUACACGAUGUCCUGGCCAGUGGGGCGGUCUCGACGACCUUUCACCAACAUUUUUCGAUGGCAUGGAAGCCGAUUUCGAUUCCUCUCCGAUGGGUAGUGCACACCCUCAUUCCUCUAUAAUUGCACUCCUCACUCGCCUUUCCUCGCCCCUCCGCCGCUUUCGACACAACAAUGAUGAAGCGACCGAACUUCCGCAACCUUCAAGGCUUUCAUUUCAUCCACAUGCACUCCUCGCUCGCCUGUCGUUAUUCAAGCGCCGCUCUCCACCUGAAAAUGAUGCACCAGACGAACUUCAGCAACCCUCCAUGCCUUCGCGGUUGGACCCACAUGUGCUCCUAGCUCGCCUUUCUUCACUUUUUCCCCGAUAUCGACUCAGCACCGACGAAGAAGCCGAACCCCAUCCCACAAUGUCUUCGGGUUCACAGUCCAGAUGCACUCAUCAGCCAACUGUCCUCACUCUUCCGCUCUCAACCUCACAUUAACGAAGAAAUCAAAUUCACUCAACGCCCAAGCUGUCCUCCUGUAGUCGAAGUUGCUGCAGUGCGAGACAAGCAAGCUUUGGUGGUCGCUCGGGGGCCACAAUACAAAAAGGCAAAACGAGCAUAUGAGCA